AUGCUUCUCUCCUUUAUCGCAGUUGUGCCUGCUUUGCUGACUGGCAUCGCCUAUGCUUUGCCAACAACCGAGGUUGGCCUUGACAGCAGCAGCACUAAAGAGGUUGCUCCAGAAUUCGCUUAUGCGCAUCCCAACAACGCAGAUGAUAGCAUUCCGCCAUCCCUGCCAUCUGAAGUUGUACCGCUCAGUCUGAACCAGAUCAAGGAGCUGUCCACUCGAUCUCCGGAGAUGCAUCAAGACCCGUACAAUAUCACAAACGUUGAUGG